CUGUUUAAUUCGACGGGAGCUGAAAUUGAGCGAGGUUAUUUUUUCUCUACGAGCUGCAACAGUUUCUUUUGAGUUCUUAAAAGGUUACGUGACGCUGUUUUCUACUAGUUUUGAGAGCCGAUUUGUCUCUUUAAUCACAACCCUGCGUUCUUCUGCGUCCAGUGUGUCUUGGGUAUCGUUAUUAAAUGAACGUCGGCCGUCGUGUUGAUGAAAGGCGACUUGAACGAGCUUUGUCUGCAGGAGCCGAGCCGCGGUGCAGGAAUCUACACUGCUCAAGCAAGCAGAAAUUCCAUUCAUUGUCAGCGUUGCCGUGAAAGGUGCAGCAGACUGCGUGUCGUUGAAGUGCAUGAUCUGACCACUUUCAGAAUGAUUCUGGCAAACGGACUUACCUGCUCAACAUUUAGAAGAAGUGUAAUGGCUUCUAGACAUUUUGUACUGAUAGUUAUGUUCCUGACAUUCUUCAUGCAAGCAGUUGUAGAGGCUAGUUCUUGGUGGUCUCUGGCCAUGAAUCCUCUACUGAUUCCAGAGGCUUACAUCAUAGGUGCACAGCCACUCUGUAGCCAAUUGGCAGGACUUUCACAAGGGCAGAAGAAACUUUGCCAGCUGUAUCAGGACCAUAUGCAAUAUAUUGGAGAGGGGGCAAAGACUGGAAUCAAGGAAUGUCAAUAUCAGUUCAGGAACAGAAGGUGGAACUGCAGCACUGUGGAUAACUCCUCUGUCUUUGGAAGGGUCAUGCAAAUAGGCAGCCGUGAAACCGCCUUCACCUAUGCCAUCAGCGCAGCGGGGGUGGUGAACGCAGUAAGCCGGGCCUGCAGGGAGGGGGAGCUCUCCUCCUGUGGCUGCAGCAGGGCGGCGAGACCUAAGGACCUGCCCCGGGACUGGCUCUGGGGUGGCUGCGGAGACAACCUCGACUACGGCUACAGAUUCUCCAAGGAAUUUGUUGAUGCCCGGGAAAGAGAGAAAACGUACCAAAAAGGGUCAUACGAGGGCGCACGAAUAUCCAUGAACCUGCACAACAAUGAAGCAGGACGAAGAACUGUCUCAGACCUCGCUCACGUCUCCUGCAAGUGCCAUGGUGUCUCGGGGUCCUGCAGCCUGAAGACCUGCUGGCUGCAGCUGGCCGAUUUUCGGAAAGUCGGAGACGCCCUGAAGGAGAAGUACGACAGCGCGGCGGCCAUGAAGCUCAACUCCAGAGGUAAACUGGUGCAGGUCAACAACAAAUUCAACACGCCUACCAGCCACGACCUCAUCUACAUUGACGGCAGCCCAGACUACUGCGUUAGAAACGAGAGCACGGGAUCGCUGGGGACCCAGGGGAGGCUCUGUAACAAGACGUCGGAGGGCAUGGAUGGAUGUGAGCUGAUGUGCUGUGGAAGGGGCUACGAUCAGUUCAAGGCCCAGGUGGUAGAGAGGUGCCACUGCAAGUUUCACUGGUGCUGCUACGUGAAGUGCAAGAGAUGCUCGAAAAUCGUGGACCAAUUCGUCUGCAAAUAACAGAAGAAGAACUAUAUAGAUUAUAUUUAUAGAGUUAAACAAUUAUCCCAUUGCAAAGACUGAAACCCUUCAAGUAACAGAUAAGGAAAAUAAUCUAACAUGUCUACAAAAAUGGAGAAUAUCUUGAAAUAUUUAUUUACAAAGAGAUUUUGCUGAACCUAUAAAAGGAUUGUUGUUUUUUUUUAUAUACAGUCUAGUAGGCGUGUGGGCAGUGGGCAGUCUAGUAGGCAGUUCUCCCAUAAUGCAAGUGUAAGUCAUGAUGCUUUGCAAAGAGAUGCAUUUCUCUGCAAGCUACAAAGCCAUUCUUUAAGAAACUCCAAAAUUAGUCUCUAUACCGCUUACAUUCAUUUUCUAAAGUUAAUUGGUGCAACUGUGACAGGUAAGCAGUCUGCAGGGACCAAUAUGCAAUUUCUUGUUUCAACUGCUAAUGUAUACCAAAGCCCCCCAGCCGCCGCCCAUCCCCCCCCCCAAAUCUUUAACAAUGUGAGAGUGAUCCACAUUGCUGUGUAUGUGCUAUCUUGCACAAAAGGAUUUUUUUUUUAAAUUGUGGGCAAUAUAAUCUACUGCUAACCUGUGUUUUUGUUGAAUUUGGAAACCUAUCUGGAAGAGGGUGUAGAAUGCAAAACGGAAGCACAGUGCUAGGGAGGCAUCUUGUCAGUUUGAAAGCACCGUUUCCAGCUUCAUUGCAUGUAAAAACCCAAGUUCAAAGUGCCUUUUUUAUUGAAAUUAUAAAAUCAUUUUACGUAUCUUUUAUCUGAUCUCUGAUCCAUUGUGAUGCAGUGUUGUGCACUUUUUUUAAAAUUUAGUAACAAGCUUCCUUAUUACAAAACAACAGCAAUAAUGUAACAUUUAUUUUUAUGCUACUUUUUCCAUAUUAAUACAGGUAUUCACUAACCUUAUCAUACUUAAACGGUUUAAAUAUAUAUGGGCAAUGUUUGUUUCGUAUUUUUGGUGUACUACCCCAAGCUCUGUAUAUACUACUUCUGUACGAACAAUGAUUAUAUUGUAUGUAUUUAUUUUCAACUCCUGUAAAACACCUCUUUUUUUUUUUUAAAGAAAAAAACAAUCUUCAUUUUCCGUUCAUUUUGUUUACUUGUGUAAGAAAAAAAAAAGUUUUCUUAAUGAUAUUUUCAGGUCAAUAUGCGGGCAUGUUAGCACGUAACGCCAAUUACUAUACAGUGAUUAAUUCUGUUCAGAUGAUGUGAUAUGCCUCUUAUAACACUUCUUUGAAAACCGUUCUUCACUAUUGGUUUUGCUGUAUAAAGGGAAUGCACAUUAGUCCUUUCAAACUAGUUUGAAAGUCUUAUGAGUGGAGCACAUCAAUUGGUAUACUGCAUACAUUAUGAACAGUAUAAAACGGUUAUAGGGGUUGCAUGCAUGGCACAUUCAGACCUAAUCCACAUGUUCUUGAUUUGUUCUUCAGUAACGCUACAUCUGCUGUUAGCCCCUCUGUUUACUAGGUACCUGUCAAAUCCAAAGCUUUUUUUUGUGUCUUUCAGUUUUAAAUUGGACCUCUGUGCUUCUGUGCUUCAAUAAAAAAUUUUUUUAAGAAACCUUUGAAACUACAUUUCCUUCCAAGUCUAAUGACUGAUUUUAAAAUUCCUAACAGUAUACUGCAAAACAUUUUUAAAAGUUGAAUUUAAAUUUUCAUAUGCAUUUAUAUAAUACACAAGUAAAAUGCCCAUUCUGUUAUACUGUAAUAUGUACUGGAUGUUUUUUUUUUUCAUUUGGAGAUGUAUAAACAAAUACUCUUGGUUACCUUUGUACAAAAAUAUUUUAAAGUAAGAAAUUAAGAAAUCUUGAAUUUGUACACUUUUGGUCCUUGCUUCAGAACAAUCAAACACCUGCUAUUUGCUGGGGCUAAACAAACAGAUCUUAAAUUGAACCUUUUCAACUAAAAUAAAUUGCAUGAGGAAA